UUAAACCGUCACCCAGGCUGUGUAGAGGUCAGUGUGUGGUGGAGCUGAUGGAGACAGAUGUGGACUCAGUUGAAGGGCAGGCGUCUGUAUUCAGCCAGGCAAACCCUCUUUAUGAAGACAACAUGAGGCUCAAUGAAGCCGAGCGCUACGACUUCCAGUACAACGAGCUAAUGCUGAAGAAACCAGCGAAGAAAUGUCGCUGUAUUCCUGUUCUCAUUGUGUUUCUCCUGCUCCUGAUUGCACUGAACUCUUUCCUGGUCUAUAAAGUCUUCACUCUGGAGGCUUGGGUUCACACUCACUGUACAUCAGCUGAUCCCAGAUCAGAGGAGCUCAAGUCUUCUGAAGGACUCAAGCUGGGCAGCUCCAGCUCAGAUGGGGAGUGUCUGUCCGAUCUGUGUGGGAAUGACGGGACUCUAGAGAAACUGAAGACUCAACUAAACCAGCUCAACGUUAGUGCACAGAGAGUCAUGGUUGGUCCGCCUGGUCCGCCUGGUCCACCUGGAUUACAAGGUAUUCCUGGGUUCGCAGGAACACCGGGACAGAAAGGAGAACUUGGCUCACCGGGACAGCCUGGAGCUCCAGGUGAAAAGGGGCAGAAAGGAGACCUAGGUCUCGCAGGGGAACGGGGAAUGGUCGGCGCUCCGGGUAAACCUGGUGUCCCAGGCUUAAAGGGGGAUCCAGGAGAGAGAGGAAUACAAGGUGUACCGGGGAAUGACGGUCGUCCAGGUACCGAUGGAAAAACUGGUUUGCCAGGAACACCAGGGAUCCGUGGAUAUCCAGGGCCUAAAGGAGACCCAGGUCCCAGUGGUGAGCGAGGAGAGCAGGGGCCUUCAGGUGUAAGCGGGCCUCCUGGUCCACAGGGACCUUCUGGCCUGCAAGGACCGCCUGGAGAAAAAGGCUCGCCUGGACCAAAGGGAGACAGUGGCCUUGGGGUUCAAGGGCCCCCAGGACAGCAGGGGGAAAAGGGAGAUAAAGGCUUGCCAGGUGUCCCAGGAAUUCCUGGUCUGAGUGGAGUAAAGGGCAGUAAAGGGGAUUCAGGGCAAAAGGGAGAUCAAGGCCCGAAGGGUGAUGUAGGACCCAGGGGUGGUGUGCCUGCUGUGAUUCGUUUAGUGGGAAGCUCCACGCGUGGAAGAGUCGAGGUUCUGUAUAAUGGCGUCUGGGGAACGGUGUGUGAUGACAGCUUUGACUCUGUGGAUGCUUUGGUGGUGUGUAGGAUGUUGGGCUUCCAGAGGGCCACCGUGGUGUACACGGCCGCUGCAGGAACUGGAAAAAUCUGGCUGGAUGAGUUGAGAUGUACUGGGAAUGAGAGGAGCAUUUUUGACUGUCCACAUGCAGGAAUUGAAACUCAUAACUGUAGUCAUGGUGAAGAUGUGGGAGUUAGCUGUGCCUGAAUAAAAAUAAGAAACUUUCUCACACCAAGAA